AUGAAUUUCUUUCUAACGAGAGAAAGGAAACAUGCUGAUGUCCUCUCUAAGUCUUUCCUUACCAAAUUUCUUGGACAUCUUUCCUUCUCUUCCGCUUUCAUUGUAUUUAGCCACUUUCUCCCGUGUUCUAGUCUUUCUUCUUCUUCUUCUUCUUCUUCUUCUUCUUCUUCUUCUUCUUCCUCUCCCCCUCCUCCUCCUCUUCUUCUUCUCCUUCUCCUCCUCCUCCUCCUCUUCUUCUUCUUCCUACUUCUUCCUUCUUCUUCUUCUUUCUCCUCUUGUCUGGCACGUUUGCCGACUGCUCAUCACCGAUACGUUCCUGCCCAGCAUAUUGACCAACUUCCCGUCGUCGACAUGUCCAGUUCGACCGUCAGCACGACCAGUCCGAUCGUCGGCACGACCAGUCCGACCGCACUCCACUUCCUGUCGUCGACACGUCCAAUCCGGCCGUCGACAUAA